UAUUAUUGAGACUGUACCUUUCCAGACCUAUCUACAACUUCUGUAGCAUUACACAUGCUGCGUGCCAGAUUUGCGUGACAGGUUCUUCACGAUCCGGCCGCGCGCAUGAGACGCGUUCACAAAGUUUUAUAAAAAUGCAUUGUGACUACUGACGAUAGGACGACGAACAUCGAUAUCGUAUCGAGCCUGCCAGCAGCAGCGCACUGCCUUGAGGUACAGCGCCAGUCGUCUUCACAUGCCGGCCAAGCCAAUGAUGCACACCUGUUUCAUGCUCAUGCUUGAAUACUCACCAGAGAUCAAGUGAAUGUUCGUUGGACGAGCCCUUGUCACGCCACAUCAUGAAUUUACCUCUUGCCGAUCCGGUGCUACUCGCCCAGGACAUUCCUGAAACGCUCGUUGCCCGGCUGAGAUCGUCGGGCCAGGCAGUCUGCAUUCGUUUCUCUCACCGGGGAGAUCUUUUGGCUUCAGGCACGGCCAAGGGUACCAUCACCAUCUUCGAUCUCGAGACUACAGGCGUUGCGCGCAAACUCAAUGGACACACGCCGGGACGAACAGUGCAAUCACUGUCGUGGGAUCGCUCAGGGCGGUAUCUGCUCAGCAGCAGUGUAGAUUGGCGGGUCAUAUUGUGGGACUUGCAAGAUGGUAGUCGUGUGUGGACAGCAAAUCUAGGCGCACCAGUCUAUAUAGCCGAGCUACAUCCUGCCAACCAUAAUAUCUGCGUGGCGGCACUGUACGAGUACCGGCCGGUGCUGGCAAACUUCGAGGAAAAGAAGACGAUCAAACAGAUCGCCCUCCCAAAUCUGCCUAAAAGAGCGCCUCAUGAAGUACAGGAAGGCACUGAGAAAGCUGAUGCCAAACACUUCACCACCGUCGCGGCCUUUACCCCUGCUGGAACACAUGUCAUCACCGGUACCACCAAAGGGUGGCUUAAUCUCAUUGAUGCUAAGACCCAGACCACUGUGUACAGCAUGCGGCUCUGCAGCAAGCCCAUCCUCUUGAUCCGUCUCAGCAGUUCGGGUCGAGACCUUCUCGUGAAUGCUUCUGAUACCAUAAUUCGUACCAUCAAGCUUCCUGAUCUUGCAGAUCCCAAGCUACAGCCCGAUAGCAUUCGUCUCGAGGUGGAGCAUAAAUUUCAAGACGUCGUAAACCGCCUGUCGUGGAACCAUGUCGCUUUCAGCAGCAAUGCUGACUACGUGAUGGCCUCGACGCUCAUGAACCACGAUAUAUACAUCUGGGAACGGGGCCAUGGCUCCUUGGUCAGGAUCCUGGAGGGUCCUCGAGAAGAGCUGGGGGCGGUCGAAUGGCAUCCAACGAGACCGUUUGUGGCUGCCACGGGUGUAGAGAGCGGCAAGAUUCAUCUGUGGUCUAUCAUUACUCCUCAAAGAUGGUCUGCUCUAGCGCCGGAUUUCGCAGAAGUGGAGGAGAACGUGGAAUACAUUGAAAAAGAGGAUGAGUUCGACAUUCACGACAUUUCGGAGAUACAGAAACGGCGGCUCGAUCAAGAGGACGAGGAUGUGGAUGUUCUAGCGGUGGAUCCCGAACAAUUGGAACGUGAGGGACGCCUGCAUGAAGGCGGCGAAGAGUUCCGGAUGCCAGUGUUGCUCGAUAUCAACGAUUCGGACAGCGAGGAUGAAAUGAUUGCUAUCGGCGCAGGCCAAUUCCGCCGGAAGAGCACCGCACAAGCCGAGGACAUGGAACUCGGCGAAGUUGACGGAGAUGCUGGCGGCGACUCGUCUGACGAUACGGAAGUCAGAGGUACCAAACGACGACGCGAAUGAAGAUCACUAUCACGCUGUCUCGAUAAGUUGAUAUUCGGCUUGGCAUGCUCCGGUGUAUCGGCUACCACAGGCUUGUGACGGAUAUCUUCUACCAUGUUCCAUACACAGGAUCGCCGCCGGUGCCGUUGGAAUGUCCAUCAUACAUUAUCCGGUGGGGCCAGUUCAAGGAGUCCUGCGAAAAUACUU